AUGAGUCAUCAUUAUGGAAAAUAGGUAUUUGAUUUUUGAUAAUUUAGGUGACAUCUUAAGAGAAUAAAAAUUUUAUUCUCAAGCUUUAUAGAAUUAUGGAAAAAUCAUUUUUAUAAAUUAAAAUAAUUCAGCUAUUUAGUACUAGAUAGGUUUUAUUUGUUUUUAUUUCUAAAGGUGAAUGCUUAAGAGAUACUUUUUAAUAUAAAGAGGCCUUGUAAUAUUAUUCUAAAGCUAUUGAGAUAGACUCAUCCAAAAAAGAGUAUUUCUUUUCUUAAGGUAAAAUAUAAGCUCAUUUUUAUUUAGGAGAUUGCCUAACUUAACUCGAAAGAUAUGAAGAAGCAAUUGAUGAUUAUAAUAAAGUUUUAAAUAUAGAUGCUGACCAUGCUGAGGCAUUUGCAGGAAAAGGUAUUAUUAUACUAAAUAAUUAUAAGGAAUUUGUCUAUUGUAUUAAGGAAAGACCAAUGAUGCAGUAAUUAAUUUGAAUUAUUCAUUAAAUCUUAAAUAAACUUGCUUAGGAUUUUAUGGACAAGGUAUAAUAAUAAUAAUAAAUCUAAGGAUUAUAAUUAUAUAUGAUGAAUAAUUAUUAUGAAGCAAUUUAAUAUUUUGAGAAAGCUUUGAACAUCAGACCUUAACAUUUAUUAUCUUUGUGGGCUAAAAGUAAAUUUAAUUCUAUUAAUUCAAGGUGAUUGCUUAAAAAUGAUGAAACAAUAUAUGUAGGCAAUCAAAUAGUAUGAUUAAGUAUUAUUGAUUAAUCCUUAACAUAUCUUAUCUUUAUACGGUAAAGGUAUAUUUAUUCUAAUAAAAAAAGGAGGAUGCUUAGCAGAAAUGAGUUAAUUUGACUAGGCAAUUGAAUGCUAUGAAAAAGCAUUAACAAUUAAUCCAUAAUAUGUUGAUGCAUUGUGUGGGAAAAGUAAAUUCUGUUUUAUUAAUUAAAGGUGAAUGCUUAAAAAUGAUGAAUAAAUACGAAUAGUCACUUGAGUUGUAUUAAAAAGUAUUGAGCAUCAAUCCAUAACAUAUACCAUCAUUAUGGGGAACAGGUAUAUAUAAUUCAUAUUCCAUUAGGUGAUUGUCUAAAAAUGAGCAAUAAAUUGAAAUAAGGACUUGAGUAUUAUGAAAAAGCAUUAAAUAUUAAUCCAAAACAUUUAUUGUCUUUAUGGGGCAAGAGUAAAUAAAUUCUAUUAAAUAAGGUGAAUGUUUAAAGAUGAUGAAUCAAACUGAAGAGGCACUUAAAUGGUAUGAUAAAGCAUUAACCAUCGAUCAGUAAGAUGUUUUGUCUUUAUGGGGAACUGGUAAAUAUUAUUCAAAAAAUCAUAGGCGAUUGUCUAAAAAUAAAGAAUGAAUAUGAAUAAGCACUUCCAUGGUUUCAUAAAGCACUUAAAAUUAACCCAAUACAUAAUUUAUCUCUAUUGGGAAUAGGUAAGCAUAACUUAAUAAAUCAUAGGUGAUUGUUUAAAGAUGAUGAAUCGAUUCGAAGAGGCGCUUGAAUGGUAUGACAAAUUAUUGGUCAUCAAUCCAUAACAUACUGAUUCUUUAUAUGGGAAAAGUAAAUUUAUAAGAAUUAAUCAAAGGUGAAUGUUUAAAAAUGAUGAAUCAGUAUGAAUUAGCUCUUAAAUUUUAUGAUAAAAGCUUAAUCAUCAACUAGAAGCAUUUAUUAACAAUAUGGGGGAGAGGUAGUUUCUAUUUUCAAUUAAAAAGGUGAUUGCCUAAAAAUGAUGUAUCGAUUUGAAUAAGCUAUCGAAUGGUAUGAUAGAGCAUUGAGUAUCAAUCCAUCACAUGGGCUCUCUUUAUGGGGAAAAGGUAAAUUAAAUUAGAUAAAUGAAAGGUGAAUGCUUAAAAAUGAUGAAGUACUUUAACUAAGCUCUAAAACAGUAUGAUGAAGCACUGAACAUUAACCCUCAAGAUGUCUAAUCUUUAUGGGGAAGAGGUAAAUAUAAUUAAUUUUAAAGGUGACUGUUUACAAAUAAUGAAUUAAUUUGAAUAGGCAUUUGAGUUUUUUGAUAAAGCAUUAAUCAUAGACCCAGAACAUAUAUUAUCUUUAUAUGGUAAAGGUACAAUUUUUUAUUAUUUUAGCUUAAUGUGCAUAUGCCCUUGGUCAUUAUGAAAAAGCAAAUUCAUUUCUAGUUAAGGCAGAUUAAAUUAAGCCUAAUUAAUCUUAAAUUUUAGAUUUAUUAAGUAAUUUAUAGAGGCUAAAUUAGAAUUAUGUAAAAAUUAAUUGA